GCGACCACCACCAUCACCACCACCACCAGCACAAUUCCUCCGCCAUGGGGCUGGCACGCCAUAAGACGGCGGUUUCCCGGAUCGCCAACAGCAUUCGGGGUUUCUACGAACGCAAGGAACCCUUUCGAAUCAACCACGGCUCGACCAACAGCACGCGACCGAUCCGCCGAGACCGCGAAGUCGAUAUUGGCGACCUCCGCAAUGUAUUACACGUUGAUCCCACCACGCGAAGGGCCCUCGUCGAGCCCAAUGUGCCCAUGGACCGACUGGUGGAGGCCACUAUGAAAUACGGACUGGUGCCGCCGGUCGUGAUGGAGUUCCCGGGGAUCACCACUGGCGGCGGCUUUGCGGGCACGGCCGGAGAAAGUUCCAGCUUCAAAUAUGGGUUUUUUGACAAGACGAUCCAUUCGGUGGAGAUGGUCCUGGCCGAUGGCAGUGUGGUGAAGGCGUCGGAGAGUGAAAACACAGAUCUCUUCCACGGCGCCGCCGGUGCGGUGGGCAGUUUAGGCGUCACCACCCUGAUUGAGCUGCAAUUGAUCGAGGCGAAGAAAUUCGUCAAGGCCACAUAUCAUCCACAGCGGAGUGUGAAGGAGUCCGUUCACUCGGUACACGAACAUACGCUAAACGACCGGAAUCACUAUGUCGAUGGGAUCGUAUACGGGCCGGAACACGGGGUGGUGGUCGCGGGCGAGAUGACGGACGAGAUGCCCUCCGCGGCGCAGGUGCAGACGUUCAGUCAUGCCUGGGACCCGUGGUACUAUCUCCAUGUGCAGGAGAAGACACGAGCGGCUCAGGGCCCUGUCUCGGAUUAUAUCCCGCUGGCCGAGUAUCUCUUCCGCUAUGAUCGCGCCGGCUUCUGGGUGGGACGGUCGGCAUUCCAGUACUUCCAUUUCCCCUUCAACCGACUCACGCGCUGGUGGCUGGACGACUUCUUACACACCCGGAUGCUGUACAAGGCGCUGCAUGCCAGCGGGGAGUCGAGUCGGUACAUGAUUCAGGAUCUGGCGCUGCCGUACGCCACAGCCGAGUCCUUCAUCAAUUAUACCAGUGAGAAGUUGGGCAUUUGGCCGUUGUGGCUGUGUCCGCUGAAGCAAAGCCCAGCGCCGACGUUCCAUCCGCAUGAGACCACGGUCAAGGGUGAGAGUGAGGGCUUCACGCCUGGCCAGAUGUUGAACAUUGGCGUGUGGGGUUUCGGACCCAAGGAUCCGGACACGUUUGUCGCCGCCAAUCGAGACUUGGAACGGCGAUUACGGGAGUUGGGUGGCAUGAAGUGGUUCUAUGCCCACACCUAUUAUAGCCAGGAGGAGUUUUGGAAGAUGUACGAUCGCGACUGGUAUGAGGGCUUGCGACGGAAGUAUCGGGCGGAGACCCUCCCCAGUGUGUAUGAUAAAGUGCGCAUCGAUGUUGAGGCGGAUCGGAGGGAGCGCAGCGAGUCGUGGAGUCGCAAACUGCGCGACAUCUGGCCCCUGGGUGGGCUUUGGGGCAUUCGCAAGGCGAUUCAGAGCAAGGACUAUUUCAUCCAUCGCAACUCGGAGUGGAAAUGGAAAUGAAUCAUGUAUCAUAUGUAAUAUAGAACGGCGAACCCGCCAUGUCACUCUUAGUUCGAUAGACCCCCGUUUUUGGUAUAUGGAGACAAAAAAGCCUGUCAAAUACCCACCUCGCAUUCACCUGGACUUCUUCCCCUUUGCACGGCUGUGUGGGUAUAUCGGUCGGAGGGUAUCUGGGACUUUGGAGGAUGCCAUGGAACUCAUCCUCGCGCCGACUAGAUUGUAAGUGGUAUGUGUGUAAGCCGCAUCCUUGUUUUUCUUACUCCUAAGC